AUCCGGGCUCAAACUGAAAUUGUUUAUAACUAAGAUACUGUGCUGAGAAGCAAGUCGAUUCAGUAUUAUUUAGUUGUCAUCAUGAACACAUAUUUAAUAAUACUAACUGUGAUUGUUGCAUGCUCCUCGGAGCCACACUGCUCCAAAUUUCACUAUGAGGAAAAACUGUUAGAAAAAAUGAUCAGGACAGAAAUUCUUGUUGAAAAUAUGAAGAAACACAUAGAUGAUAUAGAAGCUAGAGUUACCGGGGUAUUAGCCAAACUUAAGGAGGAUACAACCACAUUGAAAGGUGAAAUAGAAGAGAUGCAAGAAAACAGUGCAAACCUUAUCACAUUGCAAGAGAAAGCAAAGAGCGAGCUGGACAAAAAUAUGCAAGCAGUGCAAGACCUUAAAGAUAAAGUUGUGUCACCAAAUAUUGCUUUCAUGCGAAGAACGUGAAAAAUAUCAGUCCUACAGAUGGCGAUACCAUUGUAUUCACUGACAUUCUCCUUAACCUUGGCGAGAGUUACAAUACUUAUACUGGAGUAUUUACUGUUCCACUUGGAGGCAUUUAUCUGUUUACUGUUCAGUUAUGUAUUUAUCAAGGUAAGCGAUCAGAUUAUGGAUUGGUCGUUGAUGGUGUUAAUGUGGAUGUGGCAAUAUACCAGGACAACUAUCAUGGUCAUGCAUCCUGCUACAAGUUAACUACAAUAGUCUCAGUAAAGUCAGGCAACAAAGUUUUGGUGAAGGUGAUAUAUCGACCUAAUAGCGGCCAACUUUUUUUCACAGUGACACAAACUAUUGGACAUCAUGUUCCGGAGUUCUAGUUCAGACAGAUUAGUUCUGUAUAUUCAAAUUGAAAUAAACAUAUUAAAGAAUACAACGUUGACAAGAAAACGUUGACUUAUUUAUAUUUUAACGUUUGUCCAGAAUGUAUAAAUUUUAGUGUUUUAACUGAAUUUUCUUCUAUUUUGCUUUCGGUAGAUUACAAUGCUUAUUUUUAUAUAAUACUUAAAAUAUUAUUAUUAAUUGCAAUAAUUUAAUAUAAUAUGGUAUAUUUUUCACAAAAAUAAUGAACAAUUGUUUCUAUGGCGGUCGGACGAACAAUUUUGAUAGCGCAAUAAGAACAUCAAUCAUAAGCAAAUGGAAAUUUCAGCAGACCGUCUACACACCAUUAAAUGUAUGUAAAAAUGUGAAAAAGAUAUUUGAAACACACACAUAUGUUUAGAUGAUAUAUCUUAUCAAAUUAUUUUAAUAAAAUAUUUAUGUAAAACGAUAGAAAACCUAUAAGCCAGUACCUGUAAGAUCCAA